UUGCGUGUAUAGAACGAAAAAAAAAAGAAUAUCGUACAAAAAUAUAUAGGAAAACGGAUAAAAUCAUUCGCGAUGGAAUGAAGUGUACGAAAUUUCGAGAAUCUAGCCAACUUCGAUAUAACGUAGCACGUUGAACGUGAUCUACGAGAAGCUUGAAAAGCCCGCCUCUGUAGGAACAAGAUGGCGACUCGAACGGUUGAGUGCCAUCUGGUGGGAAUUAGGUGAAGCGCGUAUAGGUCGUGGUAGAGCGAGAGAGAGGAAGAGAGGAAUAGCGUGGAGGGGGUAAGAAGGAGAGUCCAGUACGUCGAGGAGAGAGCAGUAUCGCAGAUGCAGUGAAGUCGUCCGUGGGUUGACAGGUUGUGCGUGGUGGGUGUGAAGGAGUGUUAAAGAAAGAGAGAGAGAGAGAAAGAGAGAGGGGAGAAAGAGAAAGAGAAAGAGAAAGAGACAGACAGAGUGAGAAGAACAAGCCGGUGGUGUACCGAGAGAGGCGGAGGGCGAACGAGUGAGCGCGAGAGAAAAAAAAAACAGAGGAAAGGGAUAUCGUUUUGUUGUCGUUCGUCGAAGAGACGCAUUCGUGCGACUUGGAGUCGUGCUUUGCUCGUGCUUCGUAGCCGAGAACGAAAUGAUUCUUUGAAGCUUACAGAGGAGUCCUCUCUCGAUCGGUUUAGGAGUGUGCGACUAACAAAGAGAAGAUAUACGACACGUCGAGUAAUUUCGGUCUAUUUAUCGUUCGGUCGGUCGAUCGGUCGGUCGGUCGGACGGUCGGUCGGACGGACGGACGGACGGUCGGUCGGACGAACGAACGAACGAACGAACGAACGAACGAACGAACGAACGGACGAACGAACGAACGGACGGACGGACGGACGGACGGACGAACGGAGGGAUAGACGGACGGAGGGACGGAGGGACGGACGAACGAAAGAACGGACGGACGGACGGACGGACGGACGAUCGGACGUUAGUUCGUUCGGUUUGACGUUCGGAGGAUCAGUCUAUUUUGUUAACGUCGCGCCGCGUCGUUUACUUGAAUCACCGACAAGGGAUUAUUUUUUCCCGUAAGAAGAACUCGGAUUGGCCGUCGUCGGGUUUACGACGUCGUCGUCUGGCAGUGUAUCUCGCGCGUCGUUGUUUAUUCGAGCGUUUCUCUAUCGCGUUGGCAGAUCGGCGAUAGUAAAAACGAAAGCCAAAACGGCGACGACGACAAAGACAAAGACAAAGACAAAGACAAAGACGUCGUACGGUGAUUAUUGGGUGCGCGUGUCUUUGUUUUUCUUUCUCGGUGCUCGAUAUUCAGCAGCGUUGUUGGUGCGACGGACAGAGUGCGGCGCGUUACCGUGAAAAGGAGACGACGACGACGACGACGAGGAGGUGGAGGAGGAAGGAGGAGGAGGAGGAGAAGAAGAAAAAGAAAAGAAGAGGAGUCGGUUGCGGCGUUGGAGGAAGAAGAAGAGGAGGAGGAGGAGGAGGAGUCGGUGGUGGUGGUGGCGGUGGUGGAGGAGGAGGAGGAGGAGGAGGAGCGUUUACCCGUGAGUUCACGAAGCCGUGCGCGCUGGAUACGUAGCGGACUCUCGUGGAGGACCUUCGUGCGUGGAGCUACGAUCGGGUGGCACAGCUGAUCCAAGGACUCGGGUACGAAGGGCUCUUACUUGCCAAUAACAGCCGACAAAUAUGUCGUCCCCCAGCGCUGGAAAACGACGUAUGGACACGGACGUUAUCAAACUAAUAGAAAGCAAACAUGAGGUGACGAUCCUCGGAGGACUCAAUGAAUUUUCUGUCAAAUUCUACGGACCACGAGGGAUGCGUAUCUUUCAUCGGCGAAAACGGAAAUCACGAUGCUCCAACGUGGGAACGAGAAUCAAGGAACGUUAUCGCACCUUACGAGGGUGGAAUAUGGAAGGUGAGGGUUCACUUGCCCGAACAUUAUCCCUUUAAAUCUCCUUCGAUCGGGUUUAUGAACAAGGUCUACCACCCUAACAUUGACGAAGUUUCAGGCACCGUAUGCCUGGAUGUUAUAAACCAGGCUUGGACUGCCCUCUAUGACUUGUCAAAUAUUUUCGAAUCCUUCCUGCCUCAGCUAUUAACAUAUCCCAAUCCCAUCGAUCCUCUAAACGGUGAUGCAGCUGCUAUGUAUCUUCACAAACCAGAGGAAUACAAGAAGAAGGUAGCAGAUUACGUGAGGAAAUAUGCAACGGAAGAGGCAUUGAGGGACCAGGAGAAUGGCGGAACCGGAAACGGGAUGUCGUCCGAUAGCGAGUCAUCGAUGAGCGAUUUCAGCGAAGACGAGGCGCAGGACAUGGAGUUGUAACCAAAUAUUCUAUCAUCCAUACCCAUAUCCUUAAUCUCGAUUCCCUGUAAAACUCCGAUCGUUUGCCCUACCAAAUAGAAUGCUUAUAUUCCAAAAAGCUCCGGAAGAGAGCUUAACUUUCGGUUUUGGCCGCACGACGUUCUCGUCGCACGUAUCUCAGGUCGCGAUGGCCGACGACUCACGUUCUCCCUCCGACCAUCGUUCUCUCAUAGUCAUGUCCGAUAUACGAAGAUUUUAUUAUCUUACGGAAGAAUGUUAAAGGGAUAAAUAUGUCCCCCUACCCCCCCUGCAUACUCCAUUUUCUCUCUUUGUUUUCUCGUUUAUUAGAGACGCCUUUAUUAAUUACGUUGAUCUUGCUUUUUCAAAAAAAAAAACGAGACAACGGAUAAAACGAAUUGUACGAUAAAUUUUAUUAAUCAAUUAUUAUGUUACGUGUCAGUUAUAUAUUGAAGGAGAAGGAGAGAAAGAGAGAUAGAUAGAUAGAUAUGAAGCAGGGAGAAGCACUGGAAUUUACGGGUUUUCUACCGAUCGCGAUAGAUAUCCGCGAGAUAAGAUUACCGAAUCUGCGCGAAAUCGAUUUUUCUGUUUUUCUUUUUCUUUUUUUUUUAAACGUUUCUCCUUUUCUUUACCCCCUUUCUUUCCUUUCCUGUUCUUUUUUCCUUCUGUUUUUCUUUUUCUUUUCUUUUCUUUUUUUUUUUUUGUUAAUAUGUCAGAUUUUCGAAAUCGUGUACGAGAGAGAUGGUUUUAUUCCUUUGUCCACGUUGAACGUUUUCUCUCGUCCUUUGUUCGUCCUUUCUUCUUCUUCCAAUUUGCAUAUCCUCGUGUCUUCGCGCGCUGGUAAUUAUUGUAUAAUCAUUAUUAUAGAUGGGCGUUUGACGUCUUCUUUCUUUCUUUUUUCUUCUUUCUUUUCUUUUUUCUUCUCUUUUCUUUUCUUUUCUUUUUUUUUACACACACACACACACACACACACACACAUAUAUAUAUAUAAAAAAAAAAAAAAAAAGAAAAAGGGUUCGAGUCUGAUUUUUUUUCCGAGCACAAGUCGAGAUUUUUUCGAGGUAUAUAGAUGUAUUAAUAUAAUCAAGUGGGAAAACGUGCCAUGAGAAAUUAUCGAGAGAAAUUGUAAGGGCCAGUUGACAACGAAUCGGUACAAUCGCAACGUCGACAUUGAUUUCAAUUUAUUGCUGAUUAUUAACGUCCCUUCAGUCUGCGGGACUUGAAACGUAUUAUGUUGUUUUCUAUAAAUUAGGACGAGUUAAAUACUUGUUUAAAGUUGAUUUUUGUAGUAAAUGUCGCGAGAGAAAUUUUUUUUUAAAUCAUGUUUCUUUCUUUUUUUUUUUUUUUUUUUUAAAUAUUCCUCCCGAGGAUCCGUUCAUUCUGCCAUGUCGUCCUUUUUUUUUCUGUUUGUUUGAUUUGACAUGGUCCGUGGUAAAACGACUAAUUACGAGAGCUGUGCACAUUUUUCUUUAUCAUUCUGAGAGAUAUCUUUUUCUUUUUAUUUUCUAUUAUUUAAUCUUCUUUUUUAUCGCAUAGAAUACAUAUGUAAGGUGGAAAAUGGGUACUAGUCCCGUCUUCCUUUUUCCUGCCAUCAAGCCAUCCCUGUACGUUUUCCUCGCAGGAAGUAACAACGAGUGAAGGGCUCUAUCGCGGACGACAAAGAAACGUUGAAGUCACGAUAUACAAAAGGUGCCUCAAUCGUAAUUCGAACGACGAAAUAAUACAGUCAAUGUGAUGAAAAUUCAUGCGAUCGACCACUGUGAAGAAGCAACAAAACUGAACUGAAAACCCGUGAUUGUUCGAGGUCUCAUCGGCAUAUUGCAUCUUCGAAUAAUAAGAUGUCAGAUGUGUUUUCGGAUGUUCCAUGAAAUUUAGAAAAAAGUUCAAACGAUCUUGUCGGGAGAUUCGACGGUAUUCACUGAGAAAAAUAUUUCGAGAUAUAGUUUACGAGAAGGAUGGGGGAGGGGAGGGUGUGGUGGGAGUGUUGGAUGGGAUGGGGGAAAGGGGAAAGUAGGUAAAGCAAUCGAUAAACUGUGAUCUGCUAAUUUCUGUAUCGAAUCAUUAUAAAAAAUUAAACAUCUAUCAAGUCUGUAAUAUUCGCUAUCGUGCAUAACUGUUAAGAUGCAUUUCAUUAAGGCAGAUGGUUGUUUUUUUUUCUUUUUUCUUUUUUUUUUUUUGUCGCGAAUUAUAAAAAUAUGUAUAACAUCUACGUCCAAGCCAUUUUCGGAUAAACAGGAUAUUAAAUCAAAUUACGCGAGUCUCUUUUGCAUAGAAGAAAAAUAUUUAUAUUUUUUCAGAAUAAACAAAUCCCGAAGCACAUUUCUAAAAUUUUCAAAGAUCGCUCGAAGGUGUAGGCCCUUUGAUGUUUUUGCAUAGUCGUUAUAUAUUUUUUAUCAAUCGAAUGCUUUUAGUAUUUGAGAGUCCUUGGUAAUGUUGAGAAACCUCAGGGAUGUUAUGUUCAGUAUCUCAAAGAUUUUUCGUGGUAAGAAUUGAAAACUCGGGCAAGAUGUUACCGAAGGGAAAAGAAUAUAUAUUAUGUGAGGUAUAAAAAUAGUCAAUUUUUUCUAAUUGGUAACAAAAAAUUUGGAAAAAAGGAAAAUGAAUAAUAUAGGAUAUUAAUGCCAAAAACAGCAGAUUCGUUGGAAACCGAAUAUGUACAAAUUAUGGUGCACAAUAAUCGUUGACGGAUAAUAGUAUUUUGUUCGAAACUGAUCUCUCCUCUUUGUUUAAUUCAAGUUCAAUAAAAACGAUUAACUUUAUACGAGAGACACGUAUAGCCAUGGUAUUUUAGUGCCUUUCGUGGGCAGAGAAAUGUGCCUUAUUCUAUGGGUCUCAUGAAAGAAUUGCUUACAAAAACUAGUAAGAACGAGAUAAGUGUUCUGUGUUAAUUGAUUCUGUUAUUUUACAUUUUUUACGUUAUUUAAAUUGCUUGCUAAAUUGUAGUGUGAUAUAUCUUUAUUGGCAGAUUAUGAAUUAGUCGUACGCGAUAUGAAAAUUUCUAACAUUAUAAUAGAGGUUUUAUAUUGAUUCUAUUCAAUGUGCUAAUUAAAAAUCGAUAAUGAAAAUAAGAAAUUGUAUUUAUGCUCGGACCAACUUCUUGAAGUUCGUUAUGAAAGCUUAUAUAAAAGGGAGAGAGAGCUAUUAUUAAAAGAAUGAAAAUUUAAUUGAAAUUCUAUCGUGUUUAUUUUCGAAAUAUAUAAAAACGCGUAGAUUCAUUUUAUUUUUUAAUUUUUAUCACACAAAAAUGUUAUAAUAAAUUUAGAGUAAUAUUAUUAUAUUAUAUUGCUUCUCUCAUAUGUCAGUGCAUCCAUCGAAGUGGAUCCUUGAUUUUAUUUAUGAGCGCAUAACCUUUUGUUAAUAUGUAAUUGAUUCAAAAGAAACAAUUGGAAAAAAUUAUUUUAUACAUCGAUCGAGAAAUAAAAUUUUGGUAAAAUUUCUUACAUUCACGUUAACAUGUAAAUUCCAUAUACAUAUGUAUGUCGUAUAUUUUUCAUCAACGAGGAUUGCGCUCAUAUUUUAUGCGUUAUAUUUUGCCUUUCGUAUAAGGAAGAACAAAUGGAUAUUACUCGACCUUAUUAUAAAAUAAUUAUUUAAGACCUUCGUGAGUAUGGAAUCAUUCUCGGUGAUUUAUUUUCACGGUGACGCGAACGGCAAUGUGUAAUUCGUUAUUCUGAAAUGUCGAUUAUUAAGAAAUUAAGUAGACGAAUAUGGCUCUAUACUUUUUGAAGUAUCAUAUAAAAUAGAUUUCUUUUAUUUUUUAUUAUUAUGAUUACUAUUAUUAUUAUUUUUUUUUUUUGUUAUUCUAAAUUAUAUACCGUCUUAUUUUUCCUGUUAUUUCUAUUGCAUUUUGUCAUUGUACGUUGAUAUAUGUUACAAAAUUGGAUAAAAACCAUAUGCGUUAUUAGGAAGAUUUGCUGCAUUUGUCGUCUUUGCACCUGUAUCCAUCCUAAAUGUAAAUUUGGCGAAAAGCAAAGAAAAUAUUAUACAUCGGGAAAUAUGUUGUUGAAAUGGCAAGAGAGAGAAAGUUGUGAGAGACGAUUAUAACAAUGUGUAUUAGAAUGUACAUUAUAGUUUCUGUCGUAUCAUUUCUAAUGUUGAAUGUUUUCUUUGUGCGUUAUAUCGAUACAUAGUUGCUUUUAUACGUCACUUUAUUUUGACUUUCUCAAGGUGUCAAUUGAUUUUGUAUUUUCGAGAUAUUUCAUUGAAAACGAGAAAGGAAACACAUUACAGAGAAUUUGCGUCUAUUCUGCAGGUCGAAGUGAUCGAGGUGAAGUCACGUUUUAAGAUCUCAUAUUAUCAUUAUACAUGUAUCAUAGAAUUAACUAGAUAUGUAUAGUAGUUAUCAUAUUCGCAUGACUCUACUGAAAAUAUGUAGUUUUACUAACGAAUGUUCAUUUAAGUAAACGAAUAGUUUUAAUAAUCAUUUUUUAUUUUUUUUGCAAAUGUUGUUUGUUUUUCCUUCUGUUUAAACGCUUUAUUUCUUUGGCAUUCGUCAUUUUACGAUUUAAGUUUCUUUCCUAGCCAGUUGCUGAUUAUCGUUAUCGUACGUUUGCAUUAAAGAAAGUGUCUCAGUGCACACCGUCUGGUUAUAACGCCAAAUUAAAAAUCUUUCAUACGUCAUUUUUUCAAUCCAAACGAAUACACUGGAAUUGUUGACAUUUUUUCACAAAUAUUGAACAUCGCAUCGAUAAUACUUCCAAAUCAAACCUACUACAUUUGUCAACUAUGAAACCCUUACAAGAGACGAGUGUAUAUUAGAUCAUAGCCUAUUUUGUGCCUAAAACGAGAUUAUUUGAACUUUGAAAAUGGGCGACAAUAUAACGAAAAAAAAAAAAGUGAGAGAGAGAAGAAAUCCGUUGUAUUUUAUUCCUUAUAAAUGUCGACUUGUGCAAAAUUCACAGAUGUCGAAGAUUAGAGAAUAUGAUAAAGAUAACUUUCUAAAAUCGACAAAUAUACAUAUGUAGCGAGCUUCGGAUAAGGCAUUUCAAGAAUAUUAUUACGUUCGUAGCCAUAAUCUUACCCCUAUCGUUCUUAAUAUUAGAACAAUAUCGUUUCUAUAAUUAGGAUAGAAGAGAUUGCAGUAGCAGAUAGAUAUCUAUUGAAAAAAGAUCAUCAUUUUGAUUUGUCAAAUCGUUUGUAUAACAUCUCGUUGCUUAUUAUCGACAUAUCUCUAUCGGCGUUUAAAUGGAUAUUAUUUCAAAAUUUCAGAAUAGAUAUGUAUCUCUCAUCUUUACAGACCAAUAGGUACACGAUUAUUUCUUUUUUGAAGCGACUAUUAACUAUCUUACGAUAAUCCCGAUUUCCGAUUUUUUUUUCCGGAAAAUAAGAAAUACUUUUCCUAUAGAUUGAGGCAUUUCGAUUGGGAAAAGAAAACAGCAAUAUUUUUGCUACGUGUUUUUAGUAUUAUGUCAUCGAUGUUAUCUAAUACGUUAUCAAUGGUAUAAAUUGUCACACAUACAUACAUAUAUAUAUAUAACCGCAGUAACGGUUGAUUUGAAUUUUAAAUGUGCGAUAUUGCAAAUAUGAUCGAGAUAUGAUUGAAACUAGUUCUAUACAAUUAUCCAAUGGAAACGAUGCCGCCCCCGUCCCCCUACCUUACCUCUGUACCCCUACAUUCCCCCACCUCUCCACUCAAUAUUACGUUUUAAUCUUUAAGUAAUCCUUACCUUCCUUAUGUUAAUUGGCUUUUUCUUACCUUAUACAGAAUUGUGCUGAUAUAUCUGAUCUAAUGGUACGUAGAGAGAUCUUACCAUCGUAUUAUAUCAGCCUAAAUGACUAGAGAUAUAAAUGAUUAAUAAUUAAAUCAGAAAAAUAAGAAACACUGUAUGUAAAAAAAUCGUGAUGGAUGUCGAGAUAUGGACUUUGUAUAUUUAUCUCAAUUAAAUCGAAGUUAUGCUAAACGUUAGAUAUCUAUUCUGUAUAAAGAAUAGAAUUGGCAUCCAUUGCGACACGGAAUAUUUUUUCUUUUUUUCUUUUUAUUUUUUUCUCUUUGCUCUCCUCAUUUACACGAGAUAAUUGUUCUUACGUUUUUUUGUCGAGCCAACAGAAAUUUCAAACUAUCUUGUACUUAUAAUAUUACUAAGAGAAGAAUGUGUGUUGUGUGUGUCUGUGUAUGAAUGUGUAUGUCUGUAUGUGUGUGUACGCGUGUACGUGUUACACACGUCGCAAAGAAAAUUUUACCGAUUUUCGUUAAGUGCAAUUUGACCAGUCAAAAAGCAUAGAGAUAUAUUUUCUCGUCCGACGAUGUCAGUAUACAAAGAAAAUCUUACUCCGUAAGCAAAAUAUAGUAGACAUUUUUGAUUUAUUAACGAAUAUAUAUAUAUAUAAAGAGAGAGAGAGAGAGAGAGAGAGAGAAAAAGAUGCUUGUAAUUAUCAAAGAAUAAGAACGGUGAAUAACGAGAUGAGAUAAUAACUAUCUAAUUUCAUAUGUCUCUGCAGAAAUAGAAAUUUCGUUAGAUACGUUACAGUAGAAUUUUCCUCUUUUCCGUAACAAUAUUAUCUUCGCGUCUGUUAUUCUUUUUUUUCCUCGGAAAUAAUAAAAGAAAAAAAAAAGAAAAAGGAGAUAAAAAUAAAAAAAAAUAUUCUUGAAUAUAUCAAAAUCUGUACGUAGAUUCCGAUAGGAGCCAAUAGAAAUUAAUAAAACGAAUCGUUGAUCGAGCAUUAAUGAAAAUUAAAUUCAAAUAAUGAUAAUAUUAAUGUCAUCUCGCAAAGUGUUAACGAGAUCGUUUAGACAAUGUGUUCAAUUGGACUCAUCAAAUCUUGAAACGAUGUCAUGUUAAUCGAACGACUCACGAAGAAUCAAGAAGAAUCGAUAUACGUUACGAUAUAUAAAUACAUAAGAAUAAUCGUCGCAGAAUUUGCAGGAAAUUGAGGAAAAAUUGAAAAUGGCUUUGUAAAGUGAUAUACAUAUACAUAUAUAUAUACACAUAUAGAUAUAUGUAUAUAUAUAUAUAUAGUAAAGCACUUAAAUCGUUCGUUGAGUACGUUGGUUAAGCUAUGGUAUCAGCGUAAGCGAUUAAACGUUUUUUUCGGAGGACGUUUCGGUGUUUCACCCUACAAUCGUGAGAUCGAAUUAUUGGUGUCUGUAGAGGUAUAUAUUUUCUUACGGUACGCGAUAAUUAGCUCUACCGCUUUUGACUCGUUAAAACUCUCGGUCAGUUCAAAUCGGUUGCUUACUUCUCUCGAUAUUCGACGUAUAUAUAUAUAUAUAUUUAUUUAUUUAUUUAUACAAACAUAUAUAUGCGGCCGCAUAUAUUCAACUUGAUCUUGAAUUAAAUUAAACCGAUCUUCAACGAUAUAUAUACGUAAAAUUAUGAUUAAAAAUUGUAAGACAAUAAGCGAACCGACUUGAGCCGAUCAGAGUCUUAAGAUAAUUAUUAAAUUUCCUUAGAGUUAUACCUACAUAUAUUGUUUUAAUUUAUGUAAAUACGAAUCGUCUCUGUCCGAAUGCUCGCAUUAUCGAAGAAAUGUGAGAACGAAUCCGAUAAUAAUCUCAUUCGCCCUUGAACGUUCUCGUUCGGAAAGGCGUUUAAAAAAUAUAUCCCAUUGAUUCUUGAAUCGAUGAUUUUUAUUAAUCUAAAUGAACGAGUAUCCAGGUAAUCGAUUAAUCUUACGUUAGAAACUAAAGUAAGAGGAAAAAGAAACGUUCGACUUUUCCAAGUCUGAUCGAUCGCAGGACAUUUUUUCUAGCUAGCAUAACGACGACGAUUGAAAGAAACUCGCUGAUUCCGCGUUCUCAUGGCAACACAAUAAAGAGCGACAACAUGAACACUACACUACUCUAUAAAAGUAUUUAUUAUAAAUAAGAUAUAACAAAAAAAAGUAUAUAUAUAUAAAAUUAUAAAUAUAUAUAUUAUAUUAAAUUAACAAUGAUCGAACAAGAUGCAAUUUUUUGGUACAAUAAAAUGAAAAAAGAAAAAAGGAUGCAA